GCUCCUCCCACCCCCCCUUUUCCUUGAGCCACCCCUGUUGUGGUUGUAUCAGGCUUGCCUUUUCCGCCUGACCUUUUUUUCUCCCUCCUCGUCUUAUCGGUGGGAACUGCAAUUUAAUCGGAUCCGAUGUCAUUCCUUCCUUAAUCCGCCUCCAAUGCCGACCCCGAGUGACAACACACCACUCUUGACUGCUUCCUCAAUCGUUGAAGAAAUCUCCGCUCGCUCUACCUGCCCCCCCGAAGUUGAGAGAUUAUCUUCCUUGAGAGACUCGCGGGAAUCAUCCACGACAAUCGCGGAGAGUGAUGCUCCCGAUAGCACGUUCUCGCCAACCGUCGCAUCAACACAGACCGCCUUGACUCCAUCCGACGAUGCAAUCCCUUCUUCAAAUGCGGACCCCGUGAGGGGUGAGUCAGUAACUAGUGUCCCCAUGAAAGGCGUGGGAAUACCUGAAGAGGAACCAGCUGCGAGGAGACUGAGCCCUGCUGCGGAGCCGUCAUGCUCUGUCGCCCCAUCGUCAUCAGUCCCUUCCCCGUCGGCUACUUCCUUGUUAAGCUAUGAAUUCUCCAACAUUCGGCUUCUUCCUAAUUACACGUCUUCCUUUUUGCGCCCGGGGAGCAAGUUUACUGGCACACAGCAAUCAGACAGUCAUGUAUAUAGUGUUGAUGUGGAGAUCAAGCACGUUGAUAUACUCGAGUCCUAUCUCUGUGGAUAUCUCCGCAUACAGGGUCUCACUGAGGAUCACCCGACUCUAACAACAUUUUUCGAGGGGGAAAUUAUCGGACCUAAGCAUUCCUUCAUAACCAGAAAUGAAGCAUGGGGUGCGACAGAAAAAUCCGAUAUGCAACAUUGGGCCAAGUUUCCUCCUUGGAGGUCGCAUGUGAAGCAGAACAAGCGGCAGGAAUUCACACUGUGGAACUAUGCCCAGCGUGACCACAUAUUCAUGCGGUGGAAAGAGUACUUCCUCGUCCCUGAUCAUCGUGUACGAUCGAUUUCCGGGGCGAGUUUCGAAGGCUUCUACUAUAUCUGCUUCAAUCAAGUGGAAGGAACGGUAGCUGGGAUAUACUUUCACGCAAAAAGCGAGAAAUUUCAACAACUCGAACUCCGGCAUGUCCAAGAUCAUGGUUGCGCGCCUGCCAUGGAGUUCCGUUGAUUUUUGUGCGAUAUUCCCCGGCGGUUGACCCCACCAAGACUCUUCUUACUUCCUGCUGAUUUCGCAUGCUUCUACUCCUUUCUAAUGGCUAUUACAUGGUUAUGUUCACUUCUCGCCUCCCUGGCUGCGAUGGCUUCUGUCUACGGCGGGUUCAAUUUCACGGUAUCACUAUUCUCUAUGUCAAAAUUACCGACUUAUUACCCCGCUCUGUUGUUUUCAUGUCGCGAUGACGAUUUUUCUUUCCUUCUUCCGGAUGGCGCAGGU